ACGGAACUAAGAACUAGUUAAUUUUAUAAUAUUACAGAUCUUUGAAAGAAAUUAAUAUUUUGUAAACGUAAAUGCGAGGACCGUAUCUACAAUUACCAAGAAAAAAAUAAUGUAGAUGCUAAUUUUAAAUAGUUUCCUUUAAUAUCAUAUAAAUUGAAAGAGGUUUUCGUAGUUGAGAAUUAUGAAAACUACCCCCCAAUCCUGAAUUUCAUCUGCAAUUGAAACGAGAUAUACAGCAUUUAAAUAUUUAAAACCCAAGAAUGAUCGAAAACAUAAAAAAAUAGGGCGAUAGGUAAUAUAAUACUGUGUCUUGAUUUCAAAUUUCACUACUAUUGGAUACCUUUCAUAGUAGAACCUAACAUUCACCUGAAAAAUGACAACCCUCGCAACAUUUAUUGUGUGUUUGUUUGUGCAAGCAAUUGCAACUCAAGCUGCUACACCUAUUAGUAUUGAAAUACAAGUUACUGGAACUGAUACCAUGGAAACUAGGAAUCUUUCGGCACUGGUUGAUGUUGAAUCUGGUGGCAUAUUGACUCUUUUGAAUGUGGCUAACCUAGAUAUUUUUGAUUUUAUUGUCAAAGACUUGGGUCAAUUUUUCUAUAAAACCAACAUUGAACCGGCAGUGAAGAUUCAGAAUUUAAAUAAUAGCGGAUAUAUUUUGUUUGACACACUGGAUGUGGAACUGGGUUCUAUAAAAGCUUGGAGCGACAAUCGUAAUGAUGGCGAAUUAGUUAUUUAUGGUCAAUCUUUAAAUGUGCGUAUGGGUCUGAUUGAAAAUACAGGGUCCAUCACUUUCUGGGGCCAGGAAGGAUCGGUGUAUUUGGAUAGUGUCGUCAACAACACAAAAGAUAUGUGCUUCCACGAGCAGGUAGUAAAAUUAAGUUGGCCAACAGGAGCUGGUUGUUAUGCUUUUUUGAAUUCCACUGUGAUUAUAUCGAGAUCACCCGAGUAUUUUUCCCCAACGUUUGUUCUAGAAGGCUCAAAUAAUCAUAUUUACCUAGAAUCCACUUUUAAUGAUUUAACUAUACAUAUUGUCAAUUUUGAAAACGUGAAAUAUAUCACUAUUCACGAUACAUAUAGAACUUUCCUGUAUUCAAAUGGCAGCUUAAUUUUAGACUUUUUAGGUAAAAACCUUACAUUAGAUAUCGGAUCUGGUUACGAUAAAAAAGGAAUUACUGUGGAGAAAGAUACAGACAAGCGCAACACGCACAUAAGUUACAAUGGGACUACUCCUUCUAAUGGAACCAAACGUGCAGAGUGCGCUUGUUCCUUUGUUCCACCGGUUAAAGAAGCAACGUCUCCUACUCCUGUGUCUGAAGCUGAGAGUACUUCAAGCAAUAAUGACGAUAAGGGGGAAGGAAACCAAAACUCGAAAAAUUCCUCAUUGACUACGGCAAUGCCAAUCUAUUUUUGUCUUUUAUCUUUAGCAAUAUCGUAUAUGAUUAUGUGA